AUGGGCCGCAGCCGUCAGUUGGUGCUGCAGCAGGAGGGCGACGAUGACGAACGCUACCUGGCUGCCAUCGAGGCGCAGCUCCGCAGAGUGGCAGCCGAUGGGACUCGCGCCGCGGAGGCCAGCGAGGUGCCCACACUGCUGCGAAGGUCCGCACUCACUGCGCGCUUCAACCGGUACGCCGAGUCUCCUCGCCGCAUGCUGCUGCUGGGCACACUCUUCCUUUUUCUCGGCUUCUAUUUUGCCCACUUCCUCGACACGGUCUUCGGGCAGAGCGGCUACUGGGAGACCGUCGCAGGGUUUGUGACGCUGGUCGUGUCUGAGCGGGUCACUCGCGAGUACUAUUCGAGGCCCGCCGAGCAGAGGCCGCCGCUGCUAAAGCUCACGAACGCCUUCAAGGCGGGGCUGUACUACGGGCUGGUACUCGACGCAAUCAAGAUGUCGAGCUAG